UUGGUGGUGAAAGUCGUGGCGUUUAUGCCGCACUUCAGAAGAAGCAUCGCCGCCAUGGCCGCGCGAUGGAGCAGCGAGAGUGUUGUGGCCGAGCACAGGGAAUUGCAGGCCAAUGCCAUGGCCCUGGACUGGCAGGGGGAGUACACACUGCUGGCAGGCCGACGUGCUCUGGCUCUGAUCCGCCUGGACAAUCCCUCUGAGGUGGUGAAGAAGGUGAGCCGGACGCAGCAGAAGUACGACGUCACAGCAGCAGAAUGGAACCCAACCCAGAGUCAGGGACACACUUUUGUCUUGGCUUUUGGGGAGCGUGCAGAGAUCUGUCAGUGGAGUGACAGCAGCCUGAAUGGCAUGAGCUCACUACGUGCCCAUACUCGCACCAUCACUGACCUAAACUGGCACCGCAUGGACCCCCACCUCCUGGCCACCUGCUCUAUUGAUACAUUUGUUCACAUAUGGGACACUAGAGAGCCACGCAAACCUGUCUCCUCACUUUCAUCUAUUGCUGGAGCAUCACAAGUCAAGUGGAACAAGCUAAACCAGAACAUGUUAGCAUCAGGUCAUGACUGCGACAUCCGUGUGUGGGACAGUCGCAAGACAUCACAGCCUAUACAGUUCAUUUCUGCUCAUUUGUCCAAGAUACAAGGUCUAGAUUGGUCUCCCAAUCAUGAAAGACACCUGGUCACCUCAUCUAAUGACUGUACGGUAAAGUUCUUUGAUAUAUCCAACCCUCGAAAGGCGGAGAACUUCAUCAACACCCUGUCCCCGGUGUGGCGGGCCAGAUACACGCCUUUUGGUGAAGGUGUGGUAACAGUGGUAGCACCUCAGUUGAGGCGUGGGGAAAAUCCACUUCUGUUAUGGGCAGUACAGGAUGUGACUGCACCUGUGCACACCUUUGUGGGCCACUCGGACAUGGUUCUAGAAUUUGAAUGGCGGCUGAGUGGACCAGGGGAGCACCAGUUGGUGACUUGGGCCAGGGACCACAGCCUGCGGAUUUGGAGAGUGGAUCAGCACCUGCAGAGGAUGUGUGGGGAGGAGGUUGGAUUAGGUGAAAGCACUGACAGUGAGUUCACUUCUGAGGCAGUCACCCUUGGGCCAGUUGAAUCUGAAGGUGAAGGUGAGGCAGGGAGAGUGUUGGCUCUUUUAGGAGAGGACCAGGACACACCAAAUAUGUCUGGGGAAAAUGAAGAUGUUAGAUCUGACUCAGCCAGACAAGAAGGUGAUCCUGACCAUUCUGGAGAGAAAGCCCAACCUAGGACAUCUCCAGAAUGCAGGUCCACCACAGAAGCCAGUAGUGCUGUUGCAGCCUCAGGUACUACAGACAGCUGUGCAGGUGGAGAUAUGUCAGCUGCCAGUUCAGUCUCCAGCCCACAAACCUUGCGUAGUCUUGCCACAGGCCAACCUAUGAGUCUUCAGCAGGAAUUUUCAUUGCUUAAUACAUCACUGGACAGUAGUCAAGUAAACUCUGUGGAGGUUGUGGCCAGAAGGACAAAGAGACAGCCAAGACAUGUAAUGGAGCAAGAGGAAGAGAUAAUAACAGUGAAAGAGGAAGUCAUCGAUGAAGAGGAAGUCACUGUAGAGGUCAGCCACUGUACUGUGGAGGAUGAAGUCUCUGUGGAAUGUGAAGUUGUUGUAAAAGAAGAAGUCAUUGAAAAUGAUGAAGUGGUCUCCCUGGAUCAGAAGGAUGGAAAGAAGCACUUAACAGAGGAAGGAGUUAACUUUAAGAGUGUCAACAUGGAUGUCUCUGGAAGUCAUGGAGACACAGUGGAGGAAGUUGUUGUAGUUCAUGCAGAUACCUGUGAGAGAGACUGUGUGCUAAAGGGAGACACUGCAAGGGAUGAAACCUCUGAAACAGAGGGAAGCUUCAUGAAUGAAGGAAAUGGUCAAUUAGAGGAAGGCAUCAUAGAGAAAAAGGGUAAUGGUCAGAAAAAAGUUAUUUUGAAAGGAGGUGAUUCAAAAGAGGGAGAUCACAUGAAAGAAGACAAUGCACUAAAGAAAAUAAAUCUACAAAAUACAGGCAUUGCACAAACAGGAGGUGCAAUGAAAAGUGGCAUUGUGAGAGUAAGAGAUGACUUGGAAGAAAGAGUCAGUGUGCAAAAAGACCCCAUGGAAGAGAGUAUCCUACAAAAGGGAAUUGUAAAACCACAGAAAGAGACUGUUAGAGCCAUCUUAGAGGAUGGAAAUACUACAAAUGAAAAAGAUACUGAGCAGAUCCAGACAGAGAUAAAUACUAAACAGGAAGGUCAUACCACAGAGAAAAAGAAAGACACCAAACAGAUGGUGAUAGAUGGAGUUGCUGAACAGGAAGGAGGUACUACAGAGAAGACGAAAGACACCGAACAGGUGGUGAUAGAGGAAGACACUAUACAGGAAGGAAGUAUCACUGACAUAAAGAAAGACAUGGAACAGGUGGUGACAGAGGGAGACAUUGCACAAGAAAGAGGUAUCACAGAAGAAAAGAAAGACAUAGAGGAGGUGGUGACAGAGGGAAACACUGCACAGAAAAGAGCUAUCACAGAAGAAAAGAAAGACACUGAACAGAUGGUGAGAGACCAGGAUGCUGUACUUGAGGGAAGUACUCUUAAAGAGAAAAAUUUGAAACAGACUGAGACAAGGACAGAUAUCAGGCAGGAAGGAGGUACUACAAGGGAAAGAAAAAUUGCAGAAUUAGUGGAGACAGAGAGAGAGACUGUACCGAAAAGAUGUGUUAUUGAAGAUAAUGUAGAGGAGGAAGGUACUGUAAAAAGGAGAGAAAUGCAAGAGGGAUAUACUACUGAGAAGAAAAGCUCUUUACCAAAGAGAGGUUUGCAAAAGGGAGACACCACACAAGAAGGUACUACAAAAGAGAAGAUUGGCACUAUGCAGAAGAGAGGUAUGGAAGAAAAGAACACUGUUCAGAAGAGAAGCAAGCAAGAGGAACAUACAAAGGAGGGAAGUGCUGUGCCAAAGAGAAAUGCUGUGCCAGAAAGAAAUGUUAAGCAAGAAGUAGACAGGGAGGAGGAUCUGAGGGCUGAAUCAGAAGAAGCCCACUGUCUUAAAAAGAAAAGUGAGGAGCCUUUGGAUGGCUCAGCAAGGGAAGCAUAUGUCCCAUUAGUAAGAAGAGAAAGUGCUGCUGCUGCUGCAUCAGCUGCAGGUGAUGGCAAUGGGGAUGAAGGUGGUGGUGGUGGAAAUCUAUCAGGAACUACACAAAACAAACACAUUCAAGGAAGCAGAACUCAAUCUUUUGAAGGCAAUCAGGAGGAAGUUGUUCAAGAUCUUGAAACACAGAAUCCUUGUGGCAGUGAGAGUGUAGUGACUAACUCAACAUGCAUCAUCAAAAUCCAUUGUGCUGCUGAUGACAAGGAUUCUGUAUCUCAAGGGGAGGAAGGCACUCCCGCUAAAAGUUUAAAAAAUGAUGAAGGAUCUCCCAAGUCUCAUUCUGUUUCCACUCCAACAAUGUUGGAAACACCAUCAGUUAGUCUGGCUCAAGGAGUAGGGGAGGAUUUUCUGAAAGAAGAGGAAGUUAUUCAUGUUGAGUGUGACACAGGGCUGGAAGUGCAGGAUGGACCAAGGGAGAGGGAUGAAGGUGUGGCUGUUUGCCAAGUGGUGACUUCAGGCUCCUUUGUCAUCAAGGGUGCUGCUUCCAGUCUAAUGCAAGUUGAGGCAAGUGUGGUGCACCUGCCAGAGUCGUUGACCAGUAGUGGUCAAACCCCAGAAGAAGUUUGGGGUUCCUUAGCUCCUCAGCUACUUGAGGGAGGUGUCAUUGUACAUGGGGAAAAUUUAGUGUUGGGGGCCCUAUCACUAGUUACCAUGGUAGAGUCAGUGGAAGUGGAAGGGGAACCCCAAACUCAAAUAACCAUUUCCCCACUGGGUGAAUCUGUGGAGGCUUAUCACCAGCGAGGUGUCAAUUUCAUCCUGGUAACAAAAAAUUCUGAGUCUGCUGCAGCAGCUGCUCGUUGCCCCCCACAACAUGGGACUGACUCAGAGAGUGUGGCCAAGGUGAAGACACAAGGGCAGAAUGCACCUCACAGUGACACUCCAGGCCCAUUUCGAUGUGACAAGUGUGACAAGACGUACAGUGUGCGGUCAUCCCUCAACAGCCACCGGGUGACUCACAAUGCAGAGAAGAUGUAUAAAUGUGAUGAAUGUGACCGUGCCUUUCACUAUAGUACUCCACUCAUGAUACACAAGCGCACCCAUAGCGAUGAACGGCCAUACCAUUGCCAGACUUGCCUUGCCUCUUUUAAAUCCAUGACCAAUCUGCGUUGCCACCAACGGCAGCACUCGGGAGCGGCCAAUUAUCUGUCCAGAUUGCAAUAGGGGUUUCAGAGAUUAUACCUCACUCAAGAGGCACAGGCAAAGAAUGCAUAAAGCAACUGCUCCUGCAUCUUCUGACUCUUCCCCUUCUCUCACCUCCUCUCCUCAAAAGGCCAAAGUAGGUGGGAAAUCUGAGAGUGAUGCUAAAUCUCCAGGGGUUCCAGGGCCAAAGGAGAAGGGAGUUGGACCUGUGGGACGUCUUUCUGAUUAUGUCCACCGGUGUGGCCUUUGCCAGAUGACUUGCCACACUCGACCUCAAAUGCUGACACACCUGCAGGUUCAUGCUGCUGCUGAGCGGUUCCGCUGCCGAUACUGCCCCAGUGCGUACACUUUCCGCUUUCUCUUGGCACGACAUGUGCGUGAACUGCACCCUGGUCACCCCCAGUGGUUUUGUCAACACUGUGAUCGGAUUUUUGACACGUGCCGAAAGAUGAACAGUCACAGUUGCCGUAGUGUGCGGGGAAAUUAUUCGUGUCCUCACAAUUGUGGUUUCACCACAGAGGUACGGCAUCGAGUGUUCCGCCACAUUGCGCGACAUCACCCUGAAGAUGCUGCUCCAUACCACUGUGAUUUCUGCUCAAACAGUUACCGCGAUCCUGGUCGACUUCGCUACCACCAGAAGCGACAACAUCCAGAAAAAAUGGCUGAUUUGGCUCCACCACCGAAGGAUACUUGGAGAGCACUAUCUGAGUCUGGACCAGAGGACAAAGGUGCUAUUGACAUGUCACAGGUGGAGGUUAGUGUGGUGGAUGAGGCCAUUGUAUAUUUCCUCCCUGAAGAUCUGAGGAAUGACACAGCCUUUAGAGAGCGAGUUAAGUUCAAAUGCUUCUAUUGUGAGGCUAAGUUCCCUGUAAAGAAUGCCAUGACACGCCAUGUCCUACGUGCACAUCCUGGUCAGCGUGCCUACAAGUGCCUCCGCUGUAACAUCUUCUUUAGAUCCAAUACUGAGUCCAAGAAUCACAAUCGUAAGUAUCACAAGUAUCGGGACACUGGAGGUCGAGACCCUCACCGCAAUGAGAAAGCAAUGAAAAAGCGUGCUCAGGCAGUGGAGGAGCAGUUACGCCAUGCCACUCCUAGUUUGCGCAGUGCUUACAAGUUCCGUUGCCUCCACUGCCCCAUGGCCUACCGCUGUAAGAGACCACUGGUUGCCCACUACCGCCGUUGGCAUCCAGAUCAAGAGUGGGAUCACUUGCCCGAUCGGCCCCCAGGUCCCUUGCCACCAUCAUCCUCCAAGAGACGGAAACUGUUGUUUUACGAUUGUGUUUUUGAGCCAGACUGUGGCCGCACCUUUGAUGAACUUGAUCUGUGCUUAGAACACUUGCUUCAUGCACAUGAGGUGAGUGGUGAUGCAGCAUUGUCUCAUAUGAAAGAGCGGAUGGUGGUGGAGGGUGUACGGCGUGGCAGACUUCCAAAGAAUGCUGUGGUAAUGCUUUCCAAUGAAGCACAAAGCUUUGGUAAUGUGCAAAGACGACGACGAUGGUGGAAGGGCAGAAAGAGGACAAAGUCAGAGACAGAGAUGGAGAUGUUGGAGGAAGAGGAAGAUUUAGAAGAAGAAGAGAUGUAUGACAUGGAUGAGGAAGA